AUGAAACCAGACGAACCGAGAAGAGUUCAACACAAGAAGAUAGCGAAUUUACACAAACUAAUGGUUGCCAUUAAUGUGUCGGACGAAAGUUCGCUUCUAAUAGUUGUUUUAACUUAAAAUUCACUCCCACAAAUUAACGACAGUUGUUCUUUUUGAGAUAAAACUGAAUAGUAGUGCAAAAUAUAAAAUAUGCUGUUUGACUCUGAGGCCCGUCCUUCACUCAUCCAAUCGCUGUACUGCUUUACAUGUAAAAUGGUUGCUAGUUUCGUUUUAAUGAAUGACAUUUUUUCAAUGAAUGACUGAGAAUUAUUUCCAAAUUUUGUUGACACAAGAAUUAUAUAACAUUAAACCAAUAUGUCAGCUACACCUGCAAAAAGGCAGUUCACUGGCUCUGUCAAAAACCUGCAAUUCACUGGCUCUUUUGCUCGAGGGACAGGACCUUUUAGCCAUAGUAUAGAGGAAGCAACGCCAUUCUUGUCAGUGACCAGUGCAGGUCCGGGGUCCUCUGAUAACCCUGGCACAAUGAGGAAAACUAUGUCAGAAAGUGUGAGUAGCGAAUCUGUCAUGAAGAAUCCUAGAUCUGCUUUCGCCCCCAAACCAUCAAAAGGUAUUGGCUCGUCACGUGGGAUUGGUCCUCAGAAGAUUUCUGCUGGUCAUACUUGUACUUCAAGCUCUGGUACAAAAAGCAGGGGACCCACCUCCAGGGAAACACCAUGUAUAAGUCAAGAAACUCCCAUGGUUUUGGCAACUGCCCGCCAGAUGGGGUCAUCCAUUAUGACUUCAUGCAAUACAGAAUCUAUUCGACAACUCCAGAACCCAUACUCCGAAUGCACAAGUAUGGGUACCACUUCAUCAGAGUAUUUCCAGAAAGGAAGAAUGCCUGUAUCGGCAUCCACACCGGGGUCAAAAUCUAGGACCACUAGUUCAAGGCCAAGCACUGUGACCUUUGAAUCAAGGUCAAGGUCAGAUGAGACUGAACAGAUUACAGAUGGUGAAGUGAGUCCUCAUCAUGCUGGUAUGCAUGGAAGUAAUGAAUCUUCAGAUGAGACCCAGGCGUACAUGGGAGUAUUGUGGCAUGGCGGGAAACUUGGCGUGGCUUACUAUGACCUUGACACAACCAUCAUACAUGUGAUGUUAGAUGCCCAGGAAGAUGACUCCUUCAAAUUUCUCCUCAGUGUUAUAGAGGAGCUGAGGCCCGGCCAGGUGAUAGUAAGCUCCAAACAAGAUGAGAGACUCCUCAAAGUGCUCCGUGAACACUUGGAAGGCUCAGAUAGUCCAGAGACUGGUAACUCCAGUCUGCAGUUUCUACCCAGCAAUGACUUUUCUGCCGAGAUCUGUAAGCGACGUGUUUUGUCCAUGGACCUCCCCUACAUACCGUCUCACUAUACAUAUGAGGAGAGAACUCUCCGUAUAUCAUCACUGAUACCAUUUGAAAACUUGUGCAUGGUUCGAGCCAUGGGAGGUCUGUUGAAGUACCUUGAAAAAAUGAGAAUCGGCAUCGAGCUUGAAGAGAUGGGAACCAAAUUGCCGGUACUAGAUGUAAAGAUAUUCACACUUGAAAGCCAAAUGAUCUUGGACGAUACAGCAUACAGUGCCCUGCAGAUCUUCCAAAGAGAAUCCCAUCCCUCUGUGUACAAACUGGGAACUAAUAAUGCUGGCAAAGAGGGACUCAGUCUGUUUGGCAUCAUGAACAGAACCAAGUCCCAGAUUGGAAGUAGGAUGCUAAGGACAUGGUUCCAGAGACCGUUGAAGAAUGCAGAGAAGAUAAAUUCUCGUCAGACGGCGAUUGCGUAUCUCAACAAUCCCCAACAUGUGGAGCUUGUUCUGUCACUGGAGGACGCUGUUAAAAACAUGAAAAACAUAUCGAAAAUUCUGGCCAGGAUGCUGACAUCCCAGGCUUCCAUUGGGGACUGGCAGGCUCUCUACAAGACUGUCUACAAUGCUACAUGUCUCAAAGAAAUUUGCAAGAUGCAGUCACAGUCUGUGGACAUAUUCAGGAAGAUAACUGAAACUUUCAGUGAUGACUUACACAGAAUUACCAACUUCAUCAACAAGAUUGUAGACUUCCAGGAGUGUUCUAUACAGGGCAGAUUUGUGGUGAAGUCAGGUGUGGACGAACAGCUAGACCAGAAGAAGCGAGUAUUUAGCGAACUGCCAGAGGUGAUGACCAAAGUAGCUCUGGAUGAACUGAACAAGUUGGAGGACUACGUAACCGAGUGCUCAGUACUCUAUAUGCCCCAGAUUGGAUACCUGUUAGCCAUUCCUGAGUCCGCCAUCACUGAUCCUUACAGGGCAGAGAAGGACUAUGAAAUAGAAGAACUCAAGUUUGUGUUUGCCUCGAACAAUGUGCUGAACUACAGAAGUGCAGGAACCAGGGAACUGGAUUCGUUGCUUGGAGAUACUAGAUGUGACAUAACAGACAUGGAGACUGCCAUUAUGCACAAACUACAGAACAUUGUGUUGGAACACUCCAAUGUUCUACUAAGUGUUCUAGACCUGGCCGCUGAACUGGACUGUUUGCUGUCAUUAGCUUCCUGUGCCAGAGAGUACAACUAUGUGAGGCCAAUAAUAACUGAAGAAAAUGUCUUAGAAAUUGUGGCAGGAAGACACCCGAUCCAGGAGAUGUGUUGCAGUACUUUUGUACCCAAUGAUGUCCAGAGUAACUCAGAGUAUGGCAGAGUCAAGAUCAUGACUGGACCCAAUGCCUGUGGAAAAUCUGUCUAUCUCAAACAGGUGGCCCUGAUAGUGUUUCUAGCCCAGGUCGGCAGUUUUAUACCGGCAGAGGAGGCCAGACUGGGAUUGGUUGAUAGGAUUUUUACAAGAGUCCGCUCAUUAGAGAGUGUUUCUGUGGGCCUCUCAACAUUCAUGAUUGACAUAAACCAGAUGUCUGAGGCAUUGAGAAGUGCUGUUGGGAGGUCUCUGUGUAUUAUUGAUGAGUUUGGCAAGGGAACAGACAUGAUUGAUGGCUUGUCCCUGCUAUGUGCCAGUAUCAGCCACUGGGUGGGACAAGGAGACCAGUGCCCUCAUGUGUUUGUUAGCACUCACUUUCACAGCAUCAUACACCAGCACCUUCUUCCCAGGUCGCCUCUCAUCAAAUACCUGACCUUAGAGAGCUUGCAUAAUGGUGAAGAGUUAGUAUUCCUCUAUCAGUUAGUGGAGGGCCACACCAGCUCCAGCUAUGCCUGCCAUGUGGCUGCCAAGGCUGGUCUUCCCCCAGCUAUCAUAAGGAGGGGUAUUGAGGCAUCAGAGCUUAUUCGCCAGUGUAAGCCUGUGCAGAGAGUGGAUACGGUAGACACAGACACACAGUACAGGAGAUGUGAGGCGAUCGUUAGCAAGUUUAUGACAUUGGAUUUGGAAACAGCCGACGUUAAUUCGUUCCUAUCACAGUUUGUGCUUCCAACAAUAGAGGGAAAACUGUGAUCAUAUGUGUUAAGGCCCAAUGGAAAAUUGUGAACACAUUUAUUUGCUAGAAUUUGUUAAAAUUCAAAGGAAAACUGUGAACAAUAUUGUUUAUACUAACAAUGGUGAAGAUAAAUUGUGUGUAUAUCGUGUUGGCAUUACAAAUGUUGAAGUGCUUAUUAAACAAAUUAUGUUUUUA